AUGGCUAACAGCAAAUUUGCUUAUGUAAAAUUAUACGAAGAAGAGAAAAAAAUUAUGCUCAACUGUUACUUCAUUAUAAGAAUAGAUGGAUGUGAUUUUAAAAAAUUUAUAAAAGUACAUGAAUAUAAAAAGCCAAAUGAUAUACGAGGGCUUAAUUUAAUGAAUGAAUGUGCAAUUGGCGUUAUAAAAAAGUUUGAUGAAAUAGAUAUGUGUUAUGGGCACUCCGACGAGUUUAGCUUUUUAUUUAGAAAAAAUGCGAAAUUAUGGAAUAGAAGGUAUGACAAAAUAUUAACUAGUGUUGUAUCUUAUUUUACAUCUUAUUUUAUGUAUAGAUGGAAAAUUUAUUUUUUCAACAAAGAAUUAGUUUAUCCGCCAUGUUUUGAUGCAAGAAUAAUUAUAUAUCCAUCUGAAAAGGAAAUAAAGGAUUAUUUUUCAUGGAGGCAAGUAGACUGUCAUAUUAAUACACAGUAUAAUGAAUGCUUUUGGAAUUUAGUAUUAAAAAGUAAUUACACACAUGAACAAGCAUAUAAAUUUUUGUUAACAACACAAACUAAGGAUAAAAACGAAUUGCUCUUCUCAAAAUUUCAUAUUAAUUAUAACAACAUCCCAGAUAUAUUUAGAAGAGGAACAAUAAUAAUUAGAAAUAAAAAUUUUAAAAAAAAAGUAAAUAUGAAAUGUACCACUAGUAGCUGUAGUACCACUAUAUAUGACCAUAAUUCAGUCAUUAUUAGUAAUGCCACUGUUCACUUAGGUCCUCUUAAAAAUACUAAUGAAAAUAAAUUGGACAAAAAUACUCAUGAAAAACUAAUCGAUGAUUAUAAUUUAUGUACUAUUAGUAAGGAUGAUGAUAUUAUCAAUGCUGAGGUUUCUAUUGCAACGUCGAGUGAACAACAAAAAAUUAACACCUUAAACAAGUUUAUCAUUUCACAUGAAAAUUUAGUUAGCGAAAAAUUUUGGGGAAAGUACGAUUUUAUUUUUAAAAAGAAGGCCACAGGAGGGGUGGAGGUGGAAGGGAAGUGA